GAAGCCGUGCCACUGAUACACCGAAGGGGAUACUUGACCGCACACGGACACACGCACACACAUUGAUGUGGCAUUCAUCAACACAGCAGUGCAAAGGUACCUGUGAUGCUUGAAUCUGUAACUAUGAAUAUGGCUUCAAUCACUCUGUGUUUGUAUUAAGCCUUCUGAGUCAUUCUGUUUUCCCCAUUCAUCUUCAGGAUUCUAUGGUAGAGUUCUAGGUAACUGACCAUAAUUAUUCCCCCUCCUCCUCCUGCCUCACUCACCCCCCCUUGGUCUCUUCUUUAGAAAGAGCUGGCUUCAGCAGUCUGCCUGAAACGCGCAACGCAUACCCACACAUACACCAGUGCUCCUGUCCACAGGCUCUUUUUUUUUUCUUUUUUUUUUUGCUAGCGUGUGUGACGUGAGCUCCUGGCUGCAGCACCUUCCUGUGCGCUGCUAGGCAGCGCCGUCAUUCUGCCGCAUGCUGCCUGUGCCUGCCGACACCAUUACGCAGAGGAAUUCCCUGCUGUCUCCUCUACUUGUGUUUACAGCGGGAUAGAGCGAGGAGGAGAGGAGGCGUGCUGCAGAGCUCGAUAGGACGGUGCCGUGCUUGGAUUGUACAUGAAGAUGGGCACUGGUUGUUUCCAAGGAAGUGGCUGUGUUUAUGGGGUUUGUGGGUGACCUCUGUGCUCCUGAUUGGGCACACAUGUAGGCGGGAACAGUGUGUUUCUGUGAGCCAGGGACUGCUUUGUUUGUGUUUGCUGCUUCCUGAUGCGGUCAGAGAGGGCCAGUCGUGUUUGUAUCGUGGUGCUCGAGGAGGUGGAGGAGGAUGAGCCCUCCUUUGCACCCCCACCUCCUCGGCCCAAACCGACCCCAGACCGUAGAUCCCAUCAUGUCCCUAGAAGGGCUGCUGCGCUGGAGGACAAGCCAUCCCUGCUCCGAGCCAUCUUCAACGUGGAUCCAGAUGAAGUCCGGUCCCUCAUAUUCAAGAAAGAGGAUGUAAAUAUUCAAGAUAAUGAAAAGCGAACGCCGCUACAUGCUGCAUCCUACCUGGGAGACGGUGAGAUCAUUGAACUGCUCAUUCUGUCAGGAGCCAGAGUUAAUGCCAAAGAUAGCAAGUGGUUGACUCCUCUUCACCGUGCUGUGGCCUCGUGCAGUGAGGAUGCAGUGGCGGUGCUGCUGAAGCACAGUGCCGACGUCAACGCCAGGGACAAGAACUGGCAGACGCCACUCCACGUAGCAGCGAGCAACAAGGCAGUACGCUGUGCCGAGGCCUUAGUUCCGCUGCUCAGCAAUGUCAAUGUGUCUGACCGGGCAGGACGCACUGCUCUGCACCACGCUGCCUUCAGCGGACACACAGAGAUGGUGAAGUUGCUGCUCUCCAGAGGAGCUAACAUCAAUGCAUUUGACAAGAAGGACAGGAGGGCCAUCCACUGGGCAGCCUAUAUGGGGCAUCUGGAAGUAGUUAAAUUAUUGGUGAGUAGUGGAGCAGAAGUGGACUGUAAGGACAAGAAGGCCUAUACACCUCUCCAUGCAGCUGCCUCCAGUGGGAUGAGUAGCACCGUACACUACCUGCUAGGCCUGGGGGUCCAGGUGAAUGAGGUGAAUGCCUACGGCAACACGCCACUCCAUUUGGCGUGUUACAACGGGCAGGACGUGGUGGUCAGUGAGCUCAUCAAGGCGGGGGCCUGUGUCAACCAGGUGAACGAGAGGGGGUUUUCUGCACUCCACUUUGCCUCCUCCUCACGCCAGGGGGAGCUGUGCCAAAAGCUACUGUUGGCCCAUGGAGCACACAUCAACAUGCGGAGUAAGGAUGGGAAGACUCCCCUCCAUAUGGCAGCUACUCAUGGCAGGUUCUCAUGUUCUCAGGCCCUCAUUCAGAACGGAGCUGAGAUUGAUUGUGUGGACAAGGACAGAAACACUGCCCUUCACAUUGCUGCACGCUACGGCCAUGAGCUCAUCAUCACAGCGCUUGUCAAACACAGAGCCAGCGUUGCAAAGAAAGGAAUUCAUGGGAUGUUCCCACUGCACUUGGCAGCUCUUACUGGCUUCCCUGAUUGCUGCAGGAAGCUGCUGUCCUCAGGAUUUGACAUUGACACUCCUGAUGAUUACGGAAGGACUUGUCUGCAUGCAGCUGCAGCUGGAGGGAACCUGGAGUGCCUGAAUCUGCUGCUAAAUUUAGGAGCAGACUUUAACAGCAAAGACAACUUUGGAAGGAGUCCUCUUCAUUAUGCAUCAGCCAACUGUAAUUACGACUGUGUGUUUGCCUUGGUGGGCUCUGGGGCAAGUGUCAAUGAGUUGGACCAGAGAGGCUGUGGCCCCCUGCACUACGCUGCUGCAGCUGACACAGAUGGAAAAUGUGUGGAGUACCUGUUGAGGAACAACGCUGAGCCCGGAGUGAGGGACCGAGAGGGGUACAGUGCUGUCCACUAUGCCUCAGCCUAUGGCCGCACGCUUUCUCUGGAGCUGAUGGCAAGUGAAACCCCUCUUGACGUGCUAAUGGAGACAUCGGGGACAGACUUCCCCAGUGACUCUGAGCGCCACGGAUUGAUCAGCCCGCUCCACUUGGCAGCUUACCACGGACACUGUGGAGCAUUAGAAGUCCUCUUGUCCUCCAUGCCGGAUGUGGACGUCUGUAGCCCGCAAGGCUGCACCCCUCUCAGCCUGGCCUGCUCCAGAGGUCACCAGGAGUGUGUCUCCAUGCUGCUACACCGUGGCGCCUCACCCAUGACCUGUGACUACACACACAAAAAAACAGCUCUACAUGCUGCAGCUUCAAAUGGCCACUUGGGGUGCCUGCGUCUCCUCAUGAGCAACAACAACCAACACAUCGAUGUGGACGCACAAGAUGUCCACAAGCAGACUGCGCUGAUGCUGGCUGUGCUGAAUGGACACACUGAGUGUGUGUAUUUGCUGCUAAGUCAUGGAGCCAGCGUCCAAGCUCAGGACUGCUGGGGCAGGACAGCCCUUCACCGAGGGGCGGUGACAGGUCAGGAGGAAUGUGUGGAGACUCUCCUUCAGCGCGGGGCCAGUGCAUGUGUGAAGGACAUUCGAGGUCUCUCCCCUAUCCACUUGGCAUCCGCCUGUGGCCGAGUGGGCAUCCUCGGUGCUAUGCUGCAGGCUGACGGGACCUCCAACGCUCUUUCGCAGCUCACUGACGAGAAAGGCUACACGCCACUGCACUGGGCCUGCUACAGUGGGUGUGACGCUUGUGUGGAGUUGUUGUUAGAGAAGGAAGUCUUCAGGAAGAUAAAAGGCAACUCAUUCAGCCCAUUGCACUGCGCUGUCAUGAACGAUAAUGAAGGAGUGGCUGAGCUGUUGAUUGAUUCCCUCGGUGCAAGCAUUGUCAACGCCACUGACUCCAAGGGCAGGUCCCCGCUUCACGCUGCCGCUUUCUCAGACCGCGUUGAAUGCAUUUCCCUGCUGCUGAGCCACGGUGCUCAUGCCAAUGUCGUGGAUGCACACACGUGCAGGACACCGCUGAUGAUGGCAGCUCUCAACGGACAAACCAAUGCCGUGGAGGUGCUGGUGAGCAGCACCAAAGCAGACUUCGGUCUGCAGGACACCGACAGGAACACUGCCUUACAUUUGGCUUGUAGCAAGGGUCACGAGACGUGUGCCUUGUUGAUCCUGGAGAAGAUCAGCGAUAAAAACCUCAUCAACUGCACCAACGCUUCACUGCGCACGCCGCUCCAUGUCGCAGCCAGGAAUGGUUUAACGGUGGUCGUCCAGGAACUUCUGGGAAAAGGAGCGAGCGUGCAAGCAGUGGAUGAGAACGGUUACACACCAGCUCUGGCCUGCGCCCCCACGCGUGACGUGGCAGACUGCCUGGCGCUCAUCCUCAACUCCAUGAUGCCCACCUCCCCCAUGGUCACCAUAGCAACUUUGCCUGCGUUCUCGCUCCCUCACACGGUCAUCAAGCACCACCCCGUCUCCAAUCACGUCACAAAGGGCGUGGUUUUCGACACGCUGCCUCCUCUGAGGCCGGACCGCGCAUCAUACUGCAGGCUGGAGCACCCACUAUCCUCGCUCCCUGCUGACGAAGAACUGAACGACUCCGAUUCAGAGACCUACUGAAGAAUGCCCCCCCCCCGUGUUUGAAGGCCUUAUUAGAUCACGGAGAUAACACAAAAGAUGGGUAAAAUACAACUAGAGCGUAUGAUGCAAUGCUCACACCCCUCCUCCCCCCUCCAAAAACAUUACACUCCCUCGUAGGCCAGUGUUUUUAAUUUUAAUAUUACAAACUUGUCAUGUUUAAAUUCAACUCCUUGGGGUUUUUGGAAUCAUCUCACUAAUAUUCUUCACAUAUUUAGUGACAGGAAGCUCAGAUUACUAAGGAACAAAAUGUAUCAUUCUAAACGGGACCACGUGGAUGACUGGUCUUUCUAUUUGAAACGGUGAUCAUGGUCAACCACUUUGCAGUUUGAGGAUGUACUUCAAUUCAAAGAGGGACAUUGGCAACCUUUUUUUUUUUUUUUUAACUGAAGGAUUGUUGCGGCACCUGCAGCCACACCUUGAUGUUUAUGUACUGUACUGAUGUGUGCGUGUGUGUUGGUGAGAGAGAGAAAUGAAUAAAUAUUGCCUUUUUGAAAACAAGCACUUUUCCUGCAGGGGAUGAACAGUCUUUAUUGCAAUGUUUCUACAGAAUAAAGUUUUCAUGAGUUCAAGAUGGUAUUGCUAAUCUUACUAGUCCGUGUUUAAUUUGUCCUCUCCUGACAGCAUCACAGUGGUUCAUUGGUUGUCCAGGUGAUAGACACGUCCAUACAAGCAUGCAGUGACCAGACCACCUGCCAUGUUUGAAUGUGUCAUGGUCACCUUCCCAUCUCCCAUCUUCUCCACGUGUUCAGGCUGCUCCAGGAUGUAACGGCUCACCAGAACUGAUGGGUAUACGUACUUGGUCCCAAACUGUCCUUCCAGUGUAAAGUCUAAUUUAGUUUCUGCCUCCUCCACUUCCUGCCCACAGGAGCUGGCCUCGGAGCCUGCACAGCGGACCACGGCGCACACCUGCAAACAGGAGGUUAGCGUGUCACCACUGGUAUCUCU